CAAAAGUUGAAAUGUCAAAUCUCAAGAGUUUUUAAUUUCUAAAGUUAACAUUUUGCUUCCUCUGCUACUUUUUCUUCUAAGUAUAAGGUUUUUUACGAUAAUACCAUCACAAUUCAGUGUUCUAUUUCUAUGAAAUAUAGUUUAAAAGUAUACAUUAAAGAAAGUCUAAACUUACUUUAAGAUGUCAAUCAAAUCUACGUCAUCACUCCGGCGGUCCAUUUUACUUUUUGGAUAUGUGUAAACACAAAACUGCAAUUGUUUAUUAAUUAAAUCAAAUUUAAUAAUAUGGAAAUAAAACAAGAAGUUAGUGAGAAAACUUGUAAAAUUGAAAUAGAUAAUGACACGUGUGUUGGUCCUUUGGAUGCCUUCAAAAUUGAAAUUAAGGAAGAACCCAAGAUAGAAACUGCUUACCAAGCAUUUGAUUGUUUAGACUUAAAUGAAUUGACUGUAAAAACUGAAGUAGAAAGUGAAGAUAAACUUAUACCAUUUAAAGAAAAGCAAACAACAAAUGAAGAAAGUUGCCCCCAGGAGGAGAACAAAAUGAAAAUUAUGGAAACGUUACUUUCGUCUCAUAAAAGAAAAUAUAUUUGUCAACAUGCUGAAGGAAAAUUAUUAAAUAAAAAUAUGAAAGUUGGGACUGCACAAAGACCUUACAAGUGUAAAAUUUGUUUUAAACAGUUUAGUAAAGCCGGUAAUUUAAAAAAACAUUUGAAGGUGCACACUGGAGAAAAACUGUACAAAUGUGAAAUUUGUUUUAAACAAUUUAGUGAAGCAAGUUGUUUAAAAAGACAUUUAAUGGUGCACACUGGAGAAAAACCAUACAAGUGUGAAAUUUGUUCUAAGCAGUUUUCCCAAAGAGGUCAUUUGAAAACACAUUUAAGGUGGCAUGCUGGAGAAAAGCUUCAUAAGUGUGAAACUUGUUUAAAGCAGUUUAUUACUACAAGUGAUUUAAAAAGACAUUUGAGAAUACAUACCGGAGAAAAACUUCACAAGUGUGAAAUUUGUUUCAAACAGUUUGGUGAAGCAAGUAAAUUGAAAAUACAUUUGAGAGUGCACACUGGAGAAAAACCAUACAAGUGUGAAAUUUGUUUAAAACAGUUUAGUGAUACAAGGACUUUGAAAUCACAUUUGAGAGUACACACUGGAAAAAACUACAAAGAUGAAACUUGUUUAGAGCAGUUUAUUACUGCAAGUGAUUAAAAAAUAAAUUUAGCACGCACUGUACACGUAAAUUGUAGAAGGAAGAGGAUUCUUUGUUAAUGUUUGUUAUUUAC